AGUGUUUGGGAUGUAAUAUUGUGUGUGAGGCAAAAAAGCCAACACGAAAAUUUCAUUUGUUGCUUUAAGAUGUGGAGAGUGUUAUUUGUUGCACAAUUUUUCGCAAUGAUGCCAGUAGUUGGAAUUUUCAGUUCACAUCCGAAUAAAGUUAAGUUUAAAUUGAUAUCGAUACCAGUUUUAACAACAUUUACAUUUUUCAUUGCUGCAAUUUUAUUAUUAUACGCAUUUUUGGAUAAAUUGUUACAAUAUGGAAUUGAUGCUAAAAAUACAGUUGGAGUGGUAUUCUUUUCUUGUGGAAUAUUAGCUUGUGUUUUAUUUUUUAGACUAGCCACUAAAUGGCCAAAAUUGAUAAGAUAUUGGUCAAAAAGUGAAGCGGUAUUUUUAAGAUACCCAUAUGAAAAACCAUCAUUAAAACUAUCAACAAGAAUUCGAGUUGCAAGUUUAAUAAUUUUAAUAUUGGCGUUACUUGAACAUGGUGCAUUUUUCAUGUCAGUCUUAUAUACAUACUUUAAACAUUCUGCAUUAUGUAAUAUUACAGAUACAAGUUUCAAAAAAUUCAUGAUUGAUAAUUAUGCUCAUGUAUUUGAAAAAGUUGAAUAUAACUUAGUAUUAUCUAUAUUUUUCUUGAUUCUUAAUGGAAUUUUUACUCUGAUAUGGAAUUAUUUAGAUUUGUUCAUUGCUUUAAUUAGUUUAGGAAUAGUUACACGUUUUGAACAACUUAACACAAGAAUAACAUCACUUGCUAAACAGAAAUCUCCAGAAGAAGUUUGGAGCGAAAUAAGGGAACAUUUUGUUAAAUUAUGUGAUUUAAUUGAUGUGGUUGAUGAUCAUUUAUCCCCAAUUAUAAUUGAAAGAUUAACAAAUCAAAUGUCAACUCAAUUAAUUGCACUUUCUGGAAUGAAAUUUUUCUUUUUAACAAGAAAACUUCUUUUUGGGAUGGCUGGAACAAUUGUUACAUAUGAAUUAGUUCUAUUACAAUUCGAUGAAAAAAGUACACUUAAAAAAUUAUCCACCAAUCAAGAUAUAUCAGGAACGUUUCACGAAGCUAUCGGACCUGUUGAACAUAUAUUAUAUUUAAUCAACGCGAUGAAUAACACUCAAAGGCAGAUUAAUUUUUGCAACAUGUCAAUUGAUUUUUGGGAAAAUUUUUAUAGAAGAGAACGAAAUCAUUUAGAAACAGUAAUACAAUUUCGAAUGUGGCUUUUACCCUUAUUAGAGAAUAUGUCCGAAUUCGUAUGGAUAAAUGUGCGCGGUGAUUUCUUAAAAAUCAAAAAUUUAUUAAGUUUGGUAAAUGACAACACAUCAUCUCUUUUAAUAGCAUCAUUAUCUAGUAACAUGUUUUUGAUAUGCGUACAACUCUUUAAUAUGAAUAGAACUGUAACAGUAAUGUUUGUAGCAUCGUCUGUUAAUAAUGCUAGUAAUAAUAUUUUAAGUUUAUUAAGAAAUAUUCCAUCAGAAUCUUGGUCAAUAGAAACACAAUUAUUUUCAAAUCAAUUAUAUUAUGAUUUUAUUGGUUUAUCACCAAAAGGAUUUUUUCAAAUUACAAGAAAAUUAUUAGUUGGGAUGACAACAACAAUUAUUACUUACGAAUUAGUUCUUCUUGAUGCUUCACGUGAUUUUGAAGGAGAGACAUCUGUAAUUUGUCCUUUUAUAUUUUUUACAUCGAGCACCAUAAGUAGUUGUGUUUUUUUAAAUUUGGGUAGAAAAUGGCCAAAAGUUGUAAGAUGGUGGUAUAAAAUUGAUGAGAUAUUUUUAGAAAAUUAUAUCGCAUAUCUGCCUAAGAAAAGUAUUAUUUUUAGAAUACGUUGGAUUGGUUGCUUACUUGUAUUGGGUUUUAUAAUUGAACAUGCAUUAUAUUUGAUAACAAGUUUACAAGAAAAUCACAAAUAUAUAACUACUUGUAAUGUAACAAAUGAAUUUUGGGAAAAUUAUGUCAAACGUGAUAGAAAGCAAUUUUUUGAAAUUAUUUCAUAUCGAUGGUGGAUGGCACCCAUUAAUGAAAUGGCUGGUACAAUUCUUGGCUAUGUUUUAGUAUUAUUGGAUUCUGAUGAUAUAAUGUCGAACGAUGAAUGCGGCAAGUUACGGUUGAGAUAUAAUCAGUUAUUAAAUUUAUUAAGUCAUGUAGAUCGAAUUUUAGCUGUGAUUAUAUUAAUUUCAUUUUCAAACAAUCUUUAUUAUAUCUGCGUUCAACUAUUCCAUAGUGUUAGUCCUGCAACAUCUUUAUUAAGAUCUAUUUAUUUUUGGUAUUCGCUAAUAUUUUUAAUUUGCCGUACUGUGCUGGUGUCGCUUUGUGCCUCAAAAAUUUAUGAUGAAUCUAGAAAACCUUUAAAAAUUUUAAGAGCCAUACCUGGACAAUGUUACAAAAUUGAAGCUAAGCGAUUCCUAGAACAAGUAAUAAACACACAAGCAGCAUUAAGUGGGAUGAAUUUUUUUCAUAUUACAAGGAAAUUUAUGCUAAGUAUUGCGGGAACUAUAGUAACUUAUGAAUUGGUUUUAAUACAACUGCAUUUCACCUUUGAUAAAGAUGAAAGUCCAAAAAAAAAACAUGAAACGACCUCAACCAGAAAGCAUCCAGAUUUAAGAUCUGAUCAAACAGAUACUGAGUUGUACAGUAACAACAGCGGUUUCACUAUGGACUAUCGAUCUAAGAGUUGUAUACCAACUGGUUUAGCAUAUUUCGUAGAAGUCGGACGUUACAGGUCAUCUAAUAUGAAACAUAAAAAAUCACAAAUAUGGGACAAAAACAUUCUAUCAGAUAAAAUGAUGAAUAAUAACAUAAGAAAAGAGAUUGAAUACCAAAUGAGAAAUUGCCAAACUUUUCACAAAACUGUUAGAAUUUGUUUAUUUAUUGGUCAAUGUUUUGCAUUGAUGCCUGUAACUGGUAUAACUGCUUCAUCAGCUUCAUAUCUGAAAUUCAAAUGGAAAGAUUUACGGACAAUAUGCUCAAUCUGUUUAAUUAUUUGUGGGUUUUCGUAUGCUGCUAUUAAUUUGAAUUGGAUUCUUAGCUCAAAAAUGAAUUUUGGUAGUUUUGCGUUUGUAUCACUUUGCGCUUCAAAAAUUUAUGAUGAAUCUAAAAAACCAUUAAAAAUUUUGCGAUCUAUUCCUGGAAAAUUUUAUAAAAAUGAGGCAAAACGUUUUUUAGAGCUAAUAGUAAAUACACAAGCUGCGUUAAGUGGAAUGAAUUUUUUUCAUAUUACGCGAAAGUUCAUGUUAAGCGUGGCAGGAACUAUAGUUACCUAUGAACUAGUCUUAAUACAGUUACAUUUUACGUUUGACACUGAAGGAGGUCAAGAUCCAUGUUUAUUUAUUGGUCAGUGUUUUGCGUUGAUACCUGUAAGUGGCAUAACUGGCGCAUUCAUUUGGUUUAUAAAUGCUUCAAUAACAAUGUGUGAAUUUGUUCGUAUUGCUCGUAAAUGGCCAAAAAUGUUGCAAAAUUGGGAAAAUAUUGAAUUAAACCAUAUGGUCCAUUAUCGUAAUUGUAGUACUGAUAAAUCAAAUAGAGUUAUAAAAUAUACAACUAUAUUUAUGCUUAUAUGUUUAACAUUUGAACACACAAUGUCCAUUAUUAAAGAUAUUAAAAUGGUAACAGUAUGUUCUGAAAAUGACAAAAAUAUUCUAGAAGUAUAUUUUCAUCAAGCUUUCCCAAUACCGGCACGAUCUUCAUUAAGAGCAAUUUAUUUUUGGUUUUCAUUAACAUUUUUGAUUUUUCGUACCAUGAGUGUAUCUCUUUGUGCAUCGAAAAUUUAUGAUGAAUCUAAAAAACCUUUAAUUAUUUUGAGAUCCAUACCUGGGAAAUGUUAUAAAAAAGAGGCAAGACGUUUUGUAGAAUUAAUAACAAAUACGCAAGCUGCAUUAACUGGAAAGAACUUUUUUUACAUCACGAAGAAAUUGAUGCUAAGUGUUGCAGGAACUAUAGUCACUUAUGAAAAAAAGAUUGAUAAAAACUUUGUGAACAAAAGUGUUCAUAAAGAAAAAUUAAAAUACUUGAGUACGGAUACCAAAGAUGACCUAUUACGUAGUGGAAGUUUUUAUGAAGCUAUGGGUCCAGUUUUGAUUUUGACUCAAUUAUUUGGAUUUAUGCCAGUUGGGGGAAUAUAUAAAAAAAAUUCUCAAGAUUUGUAUUUUAAAUGGUCUAAUAUUCGUACAUUGCACAGUAUUUUUGUAGUAUUAUCUGAAAUAUUUUGUGCGAGUAUGACUUAUAUUUGGGUAUUCAGUCGACCAAUUCAAUUUAAAUCGUCCGAACCGGUGAUAUUUUACACAUUAGUAAUCAUCGUCUCAAUAAAGCUCAUAUUUGUUGCUCAAAAAUGGCCAGAUUUAAUGCAACAUUGGGAAAGAGUUGAAACAAAAUUGCCACCACAUAAAACACAUAAACAAAAAUUUUCAUUAAAACGCCGUAUUAGAAAUAUUACAAUAAUCGGGAUGGGAUUAUCAUUAGUUGAACAUGUUUUAAGCACUGCAACUGUUCUUUAUUAUGUUAAAAAUUGUCCAAUGUUCCCGGAUAGCCCCUGGGAUAGUUAUUUGUAUUCAGCAUCAGAUAGCAUGUUUGCGUAUUUUGAAUAUUCAAGAUGGCUUGGCAUUUUUUCAAAAUACAUUGGAGUUUUAUGCACUUUUCUUUGGACUUAUAUGGAUAUAUUUGUAAUGAUUAUAAGUGUUGGUCUUUCAGAGAGAUUUAAACAAGUAAAUGAAAGUUUAAUGGAAGUAAAAGGAUUGCAAAUGCCACAAUCAUUUUGGUUAGAACAUCGAUUACAUUAUCGUGCACUUUGUGUUUUAUGUGAUGAAGUAGAUGACGUUAUAUCUCUUAUUACCUUAAUAUCGUUCUCAAAUAAUUUGUAUUUUGUUUGCGGAAAAUUAUUAAGAAGUAUAAAUAAGAAACCUUCACUGGAACAUGGAUUAUAUUUUUGGUUUUCACUCAUAUUUCUUUUGGGUCGAACGUUAAUGAUUUCAUUGUAUUCUUCUGAAAUUAAUGAUGAAGCAAAAAAACCAAUUAAAGUUUUUCGUUCAGUACCCAGAGAAUCAUGGUGUCAAGAAGUAAAGAGAUUCUCUGAAGAAGUUUCAUCAGAUGUAAUUGCGUUAACUGGAAUGAAAUUUUUUCAUAUAACUAGAAGUGUAGUGAUAACGGUUGCUGGAACUAUAGUGACUUAUGAAUUGGUCCUAAUUCAAUUCACUAAAGAUGAUGCACAAGAAACAUCAUGUAAAAAUUAUACAGAUCAACUCAAAAUGCGAUUAUUUAAUUUAAAUAACAGAAUGAAAAAUGUACCACCUAAUAAAAAUUCAAUUACAAAUGAGGUAAAAGUUCACAGCAAAAGGAAGGAAGUGAUCAUCAAUGUAAGAAGAGGAGAAGUCACGCGACCGAAAAAUGUCAAUAGCAGUCAAAAAAUUGAGAUUUUUCCAAGAAAAUCGAAAUUUUUUCAACGAGGGAACAAAAAUUCUUUUAUAUAUAACGGAAGUUUUUAUGAAGCUAUUGGACCAGUUUUGAUAUUUGCUCAAUGUUUUGCACUGAUGCCAGUAGCUGGUAUUCGAGAGAAAUCCGCAGCGCAUUUAUCAUUUUCAUGGAAGAAUUUUCGUACAAUAUAUUCAAUUACAUAUUUUUUUUGUAUAUUAAUUGAUUCAAUAAUAACGAUAUAUUGGUAUUUUGACGAAAAUCGAAACUUUAAUGAUGUAGAUCCAGUAAUAUUUCAUAUAAGCAACAUUGUUAUAUCAUUGAGUUUUAUUAAAUUGGCAAGAGAAUGGCCAAAUUUAAUGUUAGCAUGGGAGAGAAACGAAAAAGAAAUACCACCAUACACAAAUCAAAAAAAGAAAAGAUCGUUAGCUUAUAAAAUUCAAUGGAUUAUGUCGCUUGCUGUAGUAUUAUCAAUGACUGAACAUAUUUUGAAUAUGAUUUCAUUAGUUCAUUACGCAAAUUAUUGUCCAAACGCAAAUGAUCCAAUAGAGAGUUUCUUUCGGUCACAAUUAUCACACAUAUUUCAUUUUUUUGAAUAUGACCCUGCUUUAGCAAUUUACGGAAAAAUUUUAAAUAUUUUUUUAACUUUUGGUUGGAAUUUUAUGGAUGCUUUUAUAAUGAUUAUUAGUGUUGGAUUAAAAGCUCGUUUUAAACAAAUAAAUGACAACUUAGAACGUUACAGAGGACAGGCGAUGUCCAAUGAGUUUUGGAGUAACUACAGAAAUUAUUAUAGAAAUGCAUGUUCUUUAUGUGAAAAAGUGGAUAAUGCGAUUUCGUUUAUUAUGAUGGCAUCUUUUUCAAACAAUUUAUAUUUUAUUUGUGUACAAUUGUUAAAAUCUUUGAACAAAAUGCCUUCUUUUGCUCAUGGCCUAUAUUUUUAUUUUUCUUUGGGAUUUUUAAUUGGAAGAACACUUGCAGUUUCACUUACAGCAGCUUCAAUCAAUGUUGAAUCAAAAAAACCACUUGAAAUAUUUCGAAGUGUACCAAAAGAUUCUUGGGUGUCUGAAGUCAAAAGAUUCACUGAUGAUGUUAAUCAAGGAUUAGUAGCUUUAUCAGGAAUGAAAUUUUUCUACAUAACGAAAACACUUGUUUUAACUAUUGCUGGCACAAUUGUAACAUAUGAAUUAGUUUUAAUACAAUUUCAUGAAAAUGAAAUUACGCUUGGUUGUUAUGGAGAAAAAACUUAA